AUGGCAGCAGCAGUAGAUGGCGGCACAUCUCGGCGUACGCGACACCGUGCAGUUGCUGCUCUUUCAGAGAUUGACGCCGCACUGACGGAAACUGCUCUAAUAAACAGUAAAUAUAGUGAUAAUGUGUUGUUAUCACAUCGCACAAAACCGAUUGUACGCUACAAAAACCUAGAAGAUAUGAUACAGGAUAAUUUGAGACCUGAUCCCCAUGCUGCGACGCGAGAGGCUCUGCGGGUUCUGCAGAUGGUGCCUGUCUUGCGUGAUGAAAUUGCUCUCUUAGAGGACGAUACACUACGAAAUAUCUGUCUAUUCCUUGGCGAACGUUCACGUGAACUGGCGUAUUUUGGCUCCGUCUGUCGUCGUCUACGACGCAUUGUGAUUGGGCUUACUCCACCGGUUGCCGUUAUCGCACCAGAUAUGAUCCCACUGGAGAGUCUCUCGCAGGACCGUGUAGCGGACUCUCUUUGCGCUUUUUUCGCCCCAUACAAGCGAGGUCAGUUUGUACAGCAGUUACGCCUUGUUGAUGCAAAGUAUGCCUCUUCAUUACCGAUAAAUGUUGUGCUUCCUUUCUGUAGCCCGCACCUUUUUCCUUCCCUUGUGAAGUCACUACCCUCUUUAACAUUUCUUGAUCUUCGGGGUGUUCAGUGGGACUGUCAUUCCAAUCCCAAUUUAUUGCGGUACUUUUUCAGUGAUCUUUAUCUUGUAGCCCCAAAGUUACAGACAUUAAAAAUCGGUGUAGAACUCUUCUCGCAGUGGUCACCCGGGUGGUGGCAACGUCUUUCCGCAUUAACACAACUUGUUGUGGGGUCGCGUCGAGAUCAGGCAAUCGCUGCGGGUUUAACGCCAAAACCUGCAAUCUUGCAGGAUGAGUUUUUUGAGAUGUUACGCAACCCGCAGCGACAAUGGCGGGUAAAGCUGUGGUGUGCACUGGAGCGUGAUGCACUUCUCAAACUGCUGUUACCCAACCAACCAUUCCCCGAUUUGCAAGAACUCACACUAAAUCUCUCCAAUGUAGACAUCCUUGAUGAGUUCAAGCGGUCACAGAUAAAAUCCCCAAGAGAUGCUAAGACUCGCAAGAACGGAAAGAAAUCAAUUGUGCAAUCCAAUGAUGAGAUGGAUAUGCGUGUGAUGUUUCCAUCUCUACAGGCACUUACACUGUCGAAUGUGGAUCAGUGCCCACAAAUGGCGGCUGAAUUGCUUGAACGAAUGACACUCCGAGCGCCAAAAUUCAAAUAUUUCACAGUGGUAAAUACUACAAGAAUGCCACCACUACCGAAGCCAAAGCGUCGUGUGCUACCCACUGCCACGUAA